GCCGCCAAGCUUUGAUGACGCAAAUCUUCUGCGCUGCCAGCGAUCAGUGCGCGCGUGAAGAAGCUCGGAUUCACUUCUAUCCGUGGAUUCCUGUGCUGGUGGGUGAUUGUCGGGUGCUGUGGGUCCCGUGACCCGAUAGCAUGAAGGAGACACCACUUUCAAACUGCGAGCGCCGCUUCCUACUCCGCGCCAUCGAAGAGAAGAAGCGGCUGGAUGGCAGACAAACCUAUGAUUAUAGGAACAUCAGGAUCUCGUUUGGAACAGAUUAUGGGUGCUGUAUUGUGGAACUUGGUAAAACAAGAAUUCUUGGACAGGUUUCCUGUGAACUUGUUUCUCCAAAACUCAAUAGGGCAACAGAAGGUAUUCUUUUUUUUAACCUUGAACUCUCUCAGAUGGCUGCCCCAGCUUUUGAACCUGGCAGGCAGUCAGAUCUCUUGGUGAAGUUGAACCGACUCUUGGAAAGAUGUCUAAGAAAUUCGAAGUGUAUAGACACUGAAUCUCUCUGUGUUGUUGCUGGUGAAAAGGUUUGGCAAAUACGUGUAGACCUGCAUUUGUUAAAUCAUGAUGGAAAUAUUAUAGAUGCUGCCAGCAUUGCUGCAAUUGUAGCCUUGUGUCACUUCCGAAGACCUGAUGUCUCUGUCCAAGGAGAUGAAGUAACAUUGUAUACACCUGAAGAGCGUGAUCCUGUACCAUUAAGCAUCCACCACAUGCCCAUUUGUGUCAGUUUUGCCUUCUUCCAACAAGGAACAUAUUUAUUGGUGGAUCCCAAUGAACGAGAAGAACGUGUAAUGGAUGGCUUGCUGGUAAUUGCCAUGAACAAACAUCGAGAGAUUUGUACCAUCCAGUCCAGUGGUGGGAUAAUGCUGCUAAAAGAUCAAGUUUUGAGAUGUAGUAAAAUAGCUGGUGUGAAAGUAGCAGAAAUUACAGAGCUAAUACAGAAAGCUUUGGAGAAUGACCAGAAAGUUAGGAAAGAAGGUGGAAAGUUUGGUUUUGCAGAGUCUAUAGCAAAUCAAAGAAUCACAGCAUUUAAAAUGGAAAAGGCUCCUAUCGAUACCUCUGAUGUAGAGGAGAAAGCAGAAGAAAUCAUUGCUGAAGCUGAACCUCCUUCAGAAGUUGUUUCUCAACCUGUACUGUGGACUCCUGGAACUGCCCAGAUUGGAGAGGGAAUAGAAAACUCCUGGGGUGAUCCUGAAGACUCUGACAAGGAAGAUGAGAAUGAAGGUGGCAGUGAUGAAGCUGUCAUUCUCGACAGUGUCAAAAUGGACACUGGAGUAGAAGUUUCCAAUAUUGGAAGCCAAGAUGCCCCUAUAGUACUCUCAGACAGUGAAGAAGAAGAAAUGAUCAUUUUAGAACCAGACAAGAAUCCAAAGAAAAUAAGAACACAAACUAUCAGUGAAAAACAAGAAAAAGCACCAAGCAAAAAGCCAGUAAGAAAGAGAAAAAAGAAGAGAGCUACUAAUUAAAACUAAGUUGUAUAUUUGUGUAUGUAACUGUUAAAAAGGAUAUUUAUUCAGCACUAAUAAACUUGGGUAUUUUUAAUUCACAAAUCCAUUAUAAAA